AGUGGGGUUGAACUAGAAUUUCCUCUUGCAAAGGAUUCCUACAAAUACGGGGUCUCCGUGGACGGGGCUCCCUACCCUGAACUAGUUUAGGAGUGGAAGCAUGGACUUGGUUAGCUUGGUCUAUCUUUCCUUGGGCAUCUUUACGUUAUGCAUGCUCUCCAAGGCUCUCACUGUCGUCUGGUGGAAUCCUUUGAGGAUCCAAAAGCAUUUCCUUGACCAGGGAAUCAGAGGCCCCGGUUACAGUCUCCUCUUUGGGAACCUAAAGGAUAUUGCUCAAAUCCAUCGCCAGCUUCAGCGUGCACCACCUCUGCCAUCGCCAAGUGAGAGCAAAUCACACCACUACAUGGCUGAACGCAUCUUCCCUCACGUUCCCUUUUGGAGUACAAAGUAUGGAAAGAACUUCUUAUUGUGGAUUGGCCCUAGCCCUUUUCUGGUAGUCACAGAUCCUGAGCUUAUAAAAAGAAUGUUUAAUGAGCCGCACCACUACUUCAUAACAGAAAAUCCUCCACUUCGUCGGGUACUAGGUCAAAGUUUACCCGUGAGUGUAGGUGAUGAAUGGGCCAACAAAAGAAGAAUUCUCAGUCCGCUGUUUAAUAUGGAAGCCCUCAAGGAUAUGUCACAGAUUAUUGCAAAAGCAACAAACAAGAUGGUAGACAGGUGGUCUAAAUUCAUCAAAUUAAAUGAUUGGGAAGUUGACGUGCAGCAUGAAUUCGAAGACCUCGCAGAAAAUAUUGCAGCCAUUAUUGUAUUUGGAAAGAAUGCUGAGCUAGGCAAGCAAAUAGGCCAUUUGCAGUUGAAACUCCAAGAUGUGACUUCUAAAGUAUUGAGGAUUGCUUAUGUCCCUGGCUCAAGGUUUAUCCCUAAUCCCUUAAAUUACAAGUGCGUUUGGUUGAAAAAAGAGGUGGACAAAUUAAUCAAAGAGCUGAUCAAGAGCCGCUAUUUGAGCAGAGAUGAGCAAGAGAAUGACUUUCUUGGGUUUUUACUUUCGUCAACCCUGACUCAAGAGCAGAUUGAGGAUGAAUGCCGAGUCUUCUCCACUGCUGGUUAUGACACCAUAUCCAUGGCCUUGUCUUGGGCUUUCAUACUCUUGGGCACACAUACUGAAUGGCAAGACAAAGCGCGAGAGGAAAUUGAUGAAGUGCUCAAAGGGAAUCAACCCUCCUUCGAAAUUCUUGGCCGGCUUAAAAUACUCAACAUGGUAGUCAACGAAACGCUGCGACUGUAUCCACCGGUGCCCCUCGCAGCCAGAGAAGCAAAGAAGGAUGUCAGACUUGAAGGUCUGGAUAUCCCAGGCGGGACAACCUUCGCGAUACCCAUUAUAGCAAUCCACUAUGACAAGGAGGUAUGGGGGGACAACGCCGCCGAGUUCGAUCCAAGCCGCUUCGCACAGGGAGCCUCCAAGUCGGCCAAACACCCCAAGGCUUUCAUGCCUUUCACCCAUGGGCCCAGGAUGUGCCUCGGGAUGAACUUUGCUCUCCUGGAGAUCAGGUUGGUUCUUGCCAUGAUCUUGCAGAGUUUCACCUUCGUCACCUCGCCUACCUACAAGCAUGACCCCGUGCAUGCUCUCACCAUGAAGCCUGGGAAAGGGGCGCAAAUCAUAUUCAAAAAAAUAUGAUGGUAGUAUGUCCAUCUGGAAUAAUCAUCCUAUGUGAUGUGGAAUGCAUGGAAUGUAUAAGAAGAUUAGUGUUAUCUAUUUCUGCUUUGCUUCUGUAGCUAUGUAUUGCAGGACCUGUGUUGUAAGUUCUUGGGUGUAUUUAUCCUAUUCCAAGGCUUAAGUACUGCAUUCACAAGAUUAAGUGGGUUGAAUUCUUUUCUUUUUUGGAAUGAAAAGGUGAGGAGAUCCAUCCAUGAUUUGGGUGGAUCCUGUUGCAUGGAGGCAGAAAUUA